AUGGUUGUUCGUCCCGCACGAGCCCAAGCCGUGUACCCACUUACCUUAAGUACACAUGGUCGCGACAUCAGUUUAUACAGCAAUCCCGCGGGAAUCCCGCGAAGGAUCAGGUACGUGCGAGGCCCUGAUGGAAGACCGAAUACUGCGGCGCGAUUCCUUGGAAGUCCAGACAGCUACAUUGAGUUCCCUAACCGUGGUAAACUGGACACUAAACGCUCCAUCACCCUCUUGGCUUGGAUCUUUCACGAGGGACGAGCAGGACCCAUCUUCAACUACAUGCCAAACGGCUGGGGCGUGCACUUUUGGAUGAUCACACCGACGACGCUGUUUGUACGGUUUACGCGUCGCAGAGGUCGGCGUUUUACCGCAGCUGUGACGAGUAGAAGGGUGUUGCACCGUCGAUGGCAAUUUGUAGGAGCCACGUACGAUGGAAGGACUGGAAUUGCUAAGCUGUUUGUCAACAGGCGUUUCGUAGCAAGAAGACGCAUAGGAAGAAUACGAUUGGCCACUAACUAUCCUGUCAGAAUGGGAACUCGUGUUGGAGAUAACCGCUACUUCCUCGGUCGAAUCUCGUGUAUGCAAGUAUAUGAUCAGCCCUUGACGUCAUCACAGAUCCUUCGACGAAAAAAGAGAUGUUUCACACGAGGUAACAUGCAGACAACGUUCUCGAGAAAUAAAUUUACUCCGCUACUUUUAUUUCUCCACUAA